AUGGAUCAAGAAAACGAAAGAAACGUAUCAAGACUAUGGAGGGCUUUUAAGACCGUGAAAGAAAUGGUCAGGGACCGUGGAUAUUUCAUUACGCAGGAAGAAGUUGACCUCUCGCUCGAGGACUUCAAAGCUAAAUAUUGCGACUCGAUGGGCCGCCCACAGCGUAAAAUGAUGUCAUUCCAAUCUAAUCCUGUUGAAGAUUCUAUGGAGAAAUUCCCCAACAUGGGAUCGCUUUGGGUGGAAUUCUGUGACGAAGCUUCGGUUGGUAUUAAGACCAUGAAGAACUUUGUCAUUCACAUCAGCGAAAAGAACUUUCAAACCGGUAUUUUCGUUUACCAGAAUGGUGUAACGCCUAGUGCCAUGAAACUGCUGCCAUCGGUGGCGCCAGCAACUAUCGAGACCUUCCACGAAGCGGCUCUAGUUGUUAACAUUACCCACCACGAGCUGGUUCCCAAGCAUAUCAAGUUGAGUGACGAGGAGAAAAAGGAGUUACUUAGAAGAUACAGACUGAAAGAGUCUCAACUACCUAGAAUCCAGAGGAUGGAUCCGGUUGCAUUAUAUCUAGGUUUGAAAAGAGGAGAUGUCGUUAAAAUCAUUAGAAAGAGUGAAACUUCUGGACGUUACGCAAGUUACAGAGUGUGUUUGUAA